AUGGGCGAUUGGCUUCUGCAAAAUGGCUCUAUUAAAAAAAACUGGAUUUUAGUCGAUCGGAUGUCAUCAGAACAAACUCUAAACAGCAGCUUCAAUGAUUCAUCUCUAAACUCUGAACCACUGGCUUACCAUUCAUCACCGUUUCGCUUAGAUCGUGAUCCUGUAAAACGAAUUAGUACCAUUUAUAAAUUGAACGAUCGUAUACAACGCAGAAUUAACGCUGGAUAUAUGCCAUAUUCUGGGUCGUCGCGUGUUUGGCCGUUACCACCAACAGUUAUAGAAGAGAACGAUUUAACGCUAUCACCGUCAUUUUCAGUAUCAUCCAAAAAACAGCUAACUGAGAUCCAGAAUGACAGUGAACAAUCGUCCCGGUCUUCCACUUUUUCCUAUAAUAAUAAAGAAGCAAUUGAAUUUACCGAUUGUCCUGAAGAAGUUAUCCAGAAAGCAGAAGAAGAUUUUUCUACAAGCGCCAAAUUUUUAGAUCGGCAGAGAAUAUCUGACGAAAAACAGCCUGGCCAUGGCUUUGUUAAUGAACAUCAGAACUACUGUGAAGUAAAUAGCUGUACUGGCGACCAGUUGUUCUUCGACAGCAACCAAAGUUGGACAGAUUCACUGAUGGCUGUCAACGAACCUGGUAACUUCGAUUUGCGAAAGAAGAGUGAUCACCGGCGCGAUGAAAUCCGCAAAAGACCAACCUUAUUAAAGCGUAAUUCAGACUUUUAUAAAAAAUGUGAUGUAUGCUUCUGUAAUCCAACAUAUUCGCUGUACAACAGUUGUCCAGCAUGCCAUAGUACUGGAGCAAAUGGUUUACGUUCACAACGCCUAAAAGAUGAACGUUGUGAUACAAGUGCAAUAGGAUUUUCAUCGUCCCGUGCAAACAAUAUAUUGAAUCCAGCGACCACAUCGAAUAAUCAUGGCACUGAUAAACUGUUGAAACGUCAUUCGACAAGAAGGUUGAGUUCGCAAAAUGAAAUCCUAAACGUUGAGGGACUUUAUCCUUACAAACUGUAUGGAGGAAAUACGCUUUUAUCAGCUCAAGCUCCGGACGGGACAUCACCUACACAUUAUCUUUCAGAUACAUCACUACUCAAGACUAGAGGCCUCGGUGCUACAACAGCGCCGGUUUGUUCUGAAAGAGCCGACAAAUCUCUUUCGCAAUGGAGUUUAUAUUCACCAGAACGACAAUAUAAAAUAAGACCAGCUCUAUCUAUGAGAGCGACUAUAAACAGUGGUUCACCACUAAAGGAAAGAGCAUUCCUGGAUGGAAACUAUAAUUUUGACAUUUAUACGCAGAAACGACGGCAAAAAGAUCGAUCAAGAAGACGUCGAAAAAUUCUGGCCUUGGUACUAUGCUUAAUUGCAUUGGCCUUGGUUGUAACUGCUGGAGCUGUUUUAGCAGCAACACGGGCAUAA